CAGCCAGCGACCCCACACCGUCCACAGCCCACCCCCCCCUCUAUCCCCUCUAUAACCUCCGGGGCAUCUCUCUCUCUCUCUCUCUCGUGAUCCUACUCAUCGUCUCGUCAGCACCAGGUCAGCUCGUCAACAACCUCCGGCACGGUACAGACGGCGCGACACCCAAAAGCACAGCCAGCUCGCAACUCCCACCACCCCCCCAUCGCACUCACAGCUCUCGUACACCAUGGGCAUCCUCGACUAUGUUAUUCUGGGCUUGACCCACCCCGGAGAGCUCCGCGCAAUGGUCGGCUACAAGGUUUGGAAGGACCACCGCGACAUUACCGACCCCAAGGAGUUCGAGGCGACUGGCUACGACCGCGAGACGAUGAAGCGGUCGUGGGAGUUCCUUGACCAGACCAGCCGCAGUUUCGCCAUGGUCAUCAAGGAGCUCGAGGGCGAGCUGGCGCGCGUGGUCGCGCUCUUCUACCUCGUGCUCCGCGCGCUCGACACGGUUGAGGACGACAUGACGAUCCCCAACGACAUCAAGCUGCCGCUCCUCCGCUCGUUCCACCAGAAGCUUUACGAGACGGGCUGGACCUUCAACGGCAGCGGCCCGAACGAGAAGGACCGUGCGGUGCUUGUCGAGUUUGACGUGAUUCAAAAGGAGUUCAGCCUCUUGGAUCCCAAGUACCAGACCGUCAUUGCCGACAUUACGCGCAAGAUGGGCAACGGCAUGGCCGACUUUGCCGCGCUCGCUACCCCCGAGCUCCCCGUCGCCGAGGUCAACUCGAUUGCCGACUACGACCUGUACUGUCACUACGUUGCCGGCCUUGUCGGCGAGGGCCUGUCGGGUCUCUUCUCGUCAUCAGGCAAGGAGCGCUCGUUCCUCGCCCAGCAGCUCACCCUGUCCAACUCGAUGGGUCUGCUGCUUCAAAAGACCAACAUUUACCGUGAUAUUAAAGAGGAUGUCGACGAGGGCCGUGGAUUCUGGCCUCGCGCCAUCUGGGGCAAGUACGGCUUCAACAACAUGAAGGAGAUUGUCGAUCCCGCUCGCGAGCGCGAGGCCCAGUGGGCCGCCAACGAGAUGGUCCUCGACGCGCUCCGCCACGCCACCGACGCCCUCGACUACCUCACGCUGCUCAAGAACCAGUCCGUGUUCAACUUUGUCGCUAUCCCCGCCGUCAUGGCCAUGGCCACCCUCGAGGUGUGCUUCAUGAACCCCCUCAUCUUCAAGCAGAACGUCAAGAUCCGCAAGGGCCAGGCCGUCCAGAUCAUCAUGCGCAGCACAAACCCCCGCGACGUUGCGUACAUGUUCCGCGACUACGCCAAGAAGAUCCACGCGAAGAUUCCCAAGGACGAGCCCAACGCGCUCCGCUUCUCUAUUGCGCUCGCCCGCAUCGAGCAGUGGACCGAGCACCACUACCCGUCCUUCCUCGUCAUCCAGCCCGGCGCCGCCGGAGGCCCCGCCACGACUGCCAUUGACCAGACCGGCAACGACGCCCGUGCGGCCCUCUACCUCAGCAUUGUUGAGAAGGCCAAGAAGAAGGCCGAGGCGGAGAGGAGGGAAAAGUUCCUGGAUGACCUGCGCCAGCGUGGUGUCCUCCCACCAAAGGACGCCACAGCAGAGGAGAUCGUUGCUCACGACAAGGCGCUCCAGGCCAAGGCCGACGCGCAGGCCAAGGAUGACUUCCCUUGGAUUCCCCUCGUGUUGAUCGUCUUUGGCAUCCUCGCCAUCUUUGGCGGUGUCUUCUUCGCCUUGGUGUGGUUUGUGGGCAAGUACGGUGACCAGGAGUAGAGUUGUUCAGAGUAGAUCUUGCGUAAUGAUGCGGUUGCGUUGGUGCGCCGCAAGCUUUGAGAGAAGGGUGUUUGCUUGGUAGGGUCAUUCGGACAUGUAUGUUAGGUGACGCGUG